AAAACAUGUCUCCUUUCGCCGUUCUGCUGGUCGCUGUAAUCGGCUAUGUUGACACACUAGUGUGCCACCAGUGUAAUGGAUGGCAUGGAUCUUACCCACUUCAGAAUACCGCCGCUUCCACUUGUGAUAAUCGGAACAACCAAUGCAAGACGGACAAGUUCUGCGUCCAAAUCAGCGAUCCAAUGACACCCGGGGUUCAGUACACGACAUACAAAGCGGACUGCUGGACACAAAGCCGACUUGAACUUUCCCCGGGUAAUGCUGUAGAAAUAGAGACGGGAAAGUGCUAUGACUACCAAGACAAUGCACAGCCACCGAAGAGGUAA